GCACUCCUCACAAAAGUGCACACACUGUCUGCCAAGGACCGUCAAAGGUAGCAAGGCAGUCAGGUAGCUGUGUGCCGCCGGCUGGAGUCAGAGGAGUUUCAUCCUUUUUCAGUGUACAUGGAGGCCUGCUGUUCAUCUGGCUGCUAACAAGGGCUUUACCAGACAACAGGUGGAUUUCUGUCAGACGAGAAUACACUACAGUUUUGUAAAUCCAGUUCCAUGACGAUGUUUCCUUGGACUGCUGUUUUCUCCCUUGAACCUAAAGUGCCCGGUCAACGCAGCACUGAGGAACUGGUCACCAAUACUCUGAUGUUGGAGUUGGGGGCCAUGGUGAAGCGCACUGAACGCAUCCGUUUGGAGCGGGCAACAGAGGGUCGGCGCCGCCGGCGCAGUUCUUCCUCCACAGCUGAUUACAGCUGGCUGGCCACCACCCCAACCCCACAGCCCUACGAGCUGACACCCAACGACCUGCUGGAACUACAGGACCUCUGUGCCAGGAUCCCUCCUGCACAGUGUGGCCCUUUGAUCGUCAGGUUCAGGAGGUUGGUGUCACAGAUGGAGCCGGAGGUUCACGAGGUUCCCCGUCUGUUUCGCACGGUGCUGCAUGACUGUGUGGACGAGGUGAAUUCAAACGAAGACGUGCAGGAACCCGUCAUUGAGAAGCAGCAGCGCAGCAAAAGCCUCUCUUUCGAUACUUUCCGCAGCAAGUUCCGGACGGGUCACUUCUUCAAGGGCAUGAGAGGCUCCAGGGGGAAUCUGCAGCAGGAGGUGGAUUGGUCUGAUGAGGAGGAGGAGGAUGGAGAAGGAGAGGAGGAGGCCAUCAGGGCCAGGGCGAGGAAGGGAAGGAGCAGAAGUAUGCCAGAGAUCAGCCCUAUGGAGCAAAGUGCCCAUGGCUGAGAGAAGG